CCCCUAUAAAUAGCUUCCAUUUCUCCCAAAAACCUUUGAGUCCAUUCUCAGUUGCGGAAAUUUGCAUCCACACUCUGAAACAUUCAUUCGGAUUGCAAAUAUUUCCACCUCACUAAACUCUCUCAGUUGUAGUGAAUCACCUUUCAGAUCUCCAAUUCGCCAAAGCACUUUUGCAAAACGUAAUUACAAGACGGUUUUUAUGCUAUUCGCAAACGCUCUUUUUACCGCGAAGUAGGAGUACAUUAUUGCAUACCUCCGUCUGCAAUCUCUUGGGUCGUCAAUGGCGGAUCGGCUGCGUAGUUUAUUUAAGGGCGAGGUCCUCACUUACGCCUAUCUUCUUCUCUACAUCGCUCUCUCCAGCGGCCAGAUCUUCUUCAACAAGUGGGUUUUGUCGUCCAAGGAAAUAAACUUCCCUUAUCCUCUUGGAUUGACUCUACUUCACAUGGUCUUCUCCUCUGUCUUGUGCUUUUUACUCACGAAAGUUUUUAAGAUUUUGAAGGUUGAGGAAGGAAUGACUGUAGAAAUAUACGUGACAUCAGUAAUACCAAUAGGUGCAAUGUUUGCAAUGACUCUUUGGCUGGGAAAUACUGCCUACAUGUAUAUUUCUGUUGCAUUUGCACAGAUGUUGAAAGCAAUCAAGCCAGUAGCUGUUUUCAUUCUUGGAGUAGCAGCAGGACUUGAGGUAAUGAGCGGCAGAAUGCUGUUGAUCAUGUCAGUGAUAAGUUUUGGUGUUCUUGUGGCUUCUUACGGUGAAAUAAAUAUCAGCUGGAUUGGAGUAGUUUAUCAGAUGGGAGGAGUUGUUGGAGAAGCUUUAAGACUUAUUUUUAUGGAGAUUUUUGUUAAAAGGAAGGGUCUCAAAUUAAACCCAAUAUCUCUCAUGUACUAUGUUAGCCCGUGCAGUGCUGUUUGCCUAUUCAUUCCAUGGAUCUUUUUGGAGAAAUCAAAGAUGGAAGAAAAUAGCUCAUGGAACUUUCCCCUGCUUGUGCUAACACUCAACUCUCUGUGUACUUUUGCCCUCAACUUAUCAGUUUUCCUGGUGAUCACUCAUACAAGUGCCUUGACCAUUCGCGUUGCGGGAGUUGUCAAGGAUUGGGUGGUUGUCUUAUUGUCUGCCAUUAUUUUUGCUGAUACAAAGCUCACUCCUAUAAAUCUGGUCGGUUAUGCCAUUGCCAUAGCAGGUGUAGCGGCAUAUAAUAAUCACAAGUUAAAAAAGGAAGUCUCUAAAAGCAACUCUGACGAACCUGAAAGUUCUCAACCUAUACUAAUGGCUGCACCAUCAAAUUCCGACAAGUAGCGAUGUCACAGGAGCAUUCAGACUAGUUAUUUUUGAGUGGCCGUUGCAAUUUACAUAGCUGGAUGGAACUCUAUAAAUAAUUUGAGAUUACGGUUUGUUGAAGCUUCGGUGGUUAAGGGCUUCCCUGUUUGUUAUCAUUGUUGCAGUUGCUCCUGUGGCGGUGUAAAUUUUGUGGCGGUUUGAAGCAGAACUGCCAUUCAAAGUAUAAAGAUGAGAAAUUCACACAAUUGUAACAUCAUCACAGAGGUAGGCAUUUCAAAAGUUGGUAUACUUCUGCUAAUCAUAGAUGAUUUGUAUGCAAAGCAAGUGCCAUUGUCACUGUCAUAGAAACUCUCUGUUUAUAAAUUUCCUGAUAAAUCUUUACAGCUCACAUUUGUAUCACAGCAUGGGCAUAUACGAUGCUUACUCUCUGUACAAAGAUUUAUACUUUGAACCUCGACUUUUUCCAUGGUAAAUUAUGUUCAGAGAAGUUUGUACCCCC